AUGGAAGCUUCUGGACGAAGUGCCGGACCUGAGGACGAGUCGAAAGGCAACCGGACGACUGGGACGGAUCAACCGACUGAAGGAGUUGAAGCUUCAGAGGGGGACAUGGAAGGAACCAGUGUCAGGACGGCAAAGAAGCCACGACUUGUCUGGACAGCAGAGCUGCACUCGCGUUUUAUGAGUGCAGUCAACCAUCUGGGGGUCAAGAAUGCAGUUCCCACCACGAUCUUAAAGCUCAUGAAUGUCGAAGGCAUGACCCGGGAGAACGUGGCGAGUCAUUUGCAGAAAUACCGUCUAUAUUUGAAAAGGAUGGCGGGACUUCCGCCAGGAGCUCGACUACCUCCGGAUUUCAUGGUGUUUCAAGGGCCAAGCCAUCACGGAGCAUUGCAUGCAAACCCUUCAGUCUGUGGCACCGGUCCAAUGUACAUGCAACCAGGAUCGUUCAACGGAUCACAUCCGACUAUGGUUGUGUCCGGAGCUCCAGCUGGAUAUCCCACGUCAAGUGCAAUGUAUCCUGGGACCAUUGCCAUGCGCCCGGCAACAACUAUGACCAGCGGUUCCCCCAUCCAACAAGCAUCGUGUCUGCCACGAAUGGUUAUGACAACUGCGUCACCUUCAGGCAUGCGUACAAUGAUCGCCGGAUCACCACAUUUCGCAUCUUACUCGCCUGGUACAUCUCCACCAACGCAUCGACCUCACUCAAUGUCACUCAACUCUCUUCAUCCUGGAUCAACUGCUGUGGGGGUUCCAGUGUCCUCUGGGCCGGUGGUUCCUGGAUACCCUCCUGGAUCUGUUCCUGUGGCAACAGGGGCAUCUCCACUUCAGCCUCGUCCUCCAUCCAUGGGCAUGCCUCACUCUCCUUAUUCCAUGGGGGUUUCUCCAGUUCAAGUAUCAUCCUAUCCGCCAGGCUCCUGGGCCCAUGUUGCAACAAGCAUGGGUUACCGUCCGUCCACAGGGCCUGGUUCAGCAAUACCCAUUGGUGUUCCUGCUGGCGGCAGUAUGGUGGCGGCAUCUUCUGGCAUGCAGCCAGCAUUCGGUCAUCAACAAACAUCAAUGUGGAACCCAAUGUCCUCGCAUGGGACUGUCAUGGGCUCUCCAGCUCCCAGCAUGCCGGCUCCUGUGGGCACACUACACCAUUCAGUCUCCAUGCCGCAGUUACCAAUUGCUUCAACAGCUCAAGCUGCUGGUCAAGAUGCAAAUGGAGCCUGCGGAAUCACGGUCGGCACUCCGGUUCGGAUCCGAGGCGUGGACGUGGGGAGCGUGGUCGGGGUGAGGCCGAGCCUGGAGCGAAUCGACGCUGUCGUGGAAAUCCUCGACUCCAACGUCGUCAUUCCGCGAAACUCGCUUAUCGAAGUCAACCAGACGGGCCUGAUCAGCGAAACCCUCAUCGACAUCACCCCCAUGCCUCCCAUGCCGGAACCCACAGUAGGACCGUUGGAUCCCAAGUGCAGCGAGGAGGGGUUGAUUGUGUGCGACAGGGAGCGGAUAGAAGGGCAGCAGGGCGUGAGCCUGGACGAGCUGAUUGCGAAUUGGACCAAGAUUGCUAAGGAUGUGGACAAGGAGGGAGUUGGGACCAUGUUCACUGCUAUGGAUAAAUUCGCUGCUUUGGCUGAAGAAGCAAGACCGCUGCUGGAAAAGGUGAACGCGCUGAUGACGGACAUAGAGCCCAUGCUGCAGGACGUGCGCGAGGGCGACCUGCUGAAGAACCUCGAGCAGCUCACCAAGGUGGCCUCUGAAGCCGCCUCCGACCUCAGGCAGCUGAACAGCUCUAUUCUGACCAAGGAGAACACGGAGCUGCUGCGGCAGUCAGUGUCCACACUCACAAAGACGCUCAAACACGUCGAGGGCAUCAGUGCUGACAUCAGCAGCCUCACUGGCGACCCGAGCACACGCGACCACCUGAGGCAAAUCAUUGAGUCGCUCAGCGUCACAAUCAGCGCACAACAAAUUCGGUCACCUCCACUACCCACGCGGGUCACCUCACAGCAGUCCCAACAGUACCAGCGGCCGCUACCGCUUAGCCCUUCUCAAAAGCGCGCGCUUUCUCAGCUGCGCCUCCGCGCUCCUCGAGCCGCCAAAAUCAUUAUCAACCGCCUCAAAAGUCGCCAACCCCCCGCUACGGCUGUCGCCCAACAACCGCACGAGUUCGCCAGCUCCCUCCAAUCCGCCGCCUCACGAGCCCUUUCCUGGGUCCAAUCAAAUCCCUCCCUUGACUCCUCCGCGCAACCCUCCACGCAAACCUCAGCGCAACCCGCCUCCGGCCUCUCCGUCCUCUCCCGCUUCUUCUCCGCCUUGCGCCCCGCGGGCCUCUCCGCUGGCACAAUCAGCCGCCGUGUGCUGCGCCGACACCCCAUCGGGUCGGGCCACCGCCCGCCUGGGAAAGGGCAUCAUGGGCCGAACGGGGGGCACCACGGUUUGUCCGGCGGGCAUCACGGGCCGCACGGCGGGCACCAUGGGCCGUACGGCGGGCAUCACGGGCCUAAUGGCGGGCAUCACGGGAAGGCCAAGUGGGAAAAGAUGCAGAGGCUCCGUGCUGCGAAUGACGGACUGAAGAUCGGGUCAACCAAAAGCACGGAUGAUUUCAGCGGUGCGCUCUCGGGGGAUUUCGGCUCAGGGUCCGGGUCGGGUUCGAAUUCCGGUUCGGACGUUUCGUCAACUUUCUCUGUCACCCAAUUCGGUGCGGAUGGCGGCGGCUCGAGCGACGACUCGAAGGCCUUCGCCGCGGCGUUCGAGGCGGCAUGCAAGGAGGCGAAAUCGUCCGACAAAAAAGCCGGGGUGGUGAUUCCUUCGGGAAAGACGUUUCUGGUGAAACCCGUGGUAUUCGAGGGCCCGUGCGGGCCGGGUGUGCAAUUCAUAAUCGACGGAACCAUCGUGGCGCCGGCCGAUCCCGGGCAACACGACAACCCCGGGUCGGGCACGUACGGGGUGCUGAAUUUUCGCAGCAUCCCUGGUCUGGAGAUCGUGGGGGAAGGGCUGGUGGACGGGAACGCGGAGGAGUGGUGGAAGAAGGACCGCGACGAGCGGCCGCAGAACAUCGUGAUUGUCGAGUGCCACGGAGUGCUGGUUACCGGCAUCACUUCCAAGGACCCCGCAUUCAAGCAUUUGUUCUUCUACGAGAACAACGGCGUGACUGUACGCGGCGUGACUACAUUGAGUCCCGAGGAGAGCCCGAACACGGACAGCCUGCAUUUGUCGUACGUGCAGGACGCGCUCAUCGAGAAUUGCGAGUUUUCGGGCGGCGAUGACAACGUGGCAAUCAUCAACGGCACGUCGCGCGUGCUGAUUCAAAACAUUGUUGGCAACUCCGGGCACGGAAUCAGCAUCGGAAGCCUGGGAAAAGAAAAAGAUAUCAGCUGCGUUUCAGACAUAACAGUCCGCAAGUCCAUCCUUCGCAACACCGCCAACGGGCUUCGCAUAAAGACGUGGCAGGGCGGCAAGGGGAAAGCCCGGGGGAUCCAUUUCGAGGACAUGAUUCUCGAAAACGUUGGUAACCCUAUUCGCAUCGACCAGUUUUACUGCGACAGCGAGUCUUCCCGAUCAUGCGGCACCUCCCACGACGCUGUAGCGAUUUCGGACGUCACGUUUAAAAACGUUAAGGGGACGACUUCUAAAGGGGAAGGGAUCAAGCUCGACUGUUCCGAUACAGUCCCCUGCAGCAACAUCCUUUUAUCGAACAUCAACAUCCAGCCAGUGGAAGGCGGGGAGCCGUUGGAGCCGUUUCUGAAUAGCGCGUAUGUGACUAUAGAGGGGCCGGUUGUUCCAGAAUUGAAGGACGUGAAGAGCAGCCCGAGCUCAGGACUGCUGUCAGCGGUGGAGGAGAUGCAAGGGUACUGCUAA